AUGGCGCCUGCUCGAUCCUCAACUGAGGGAAAGAAGGACCGUCUGCGCGUCAUUAUUGCGGGAGGAUCGAUUUCGGGAUUGGUGCUGGCUCACUCUCUUUAUUGCAGCGACAUUGAUUACGUGGUUCUAGAGUCUCGCGACGAGAUUGCGCCGCAAGUUGGCGCUUCAAUUGCCGUCCUUCCCAACGGUUCGAGGAUCCUCGACCAGCUAGGCAUCUUUGACGAUAUGUUUGGCUUGCGACGCGAUUUAUUGAAGGUUCUCUACACCCACACCCCGGACAAGUCAAAGAUUCACACAUCCAAACGAGUAUGCAAGGUGGACCACCAAGAUUCCGGGGUUAUCGUGCACUGUCAAGACGGAUCGAAAUACUCUGGGGACAUUGUUGUUGGUGCAGAUGGAAUACACAGCACCGUGAGAACGCUGAUGAUGCAGCACAUCGAGCUGUCGAGUCCCGGCGCCACAAAGAAAGACAGCAAUAGUAUCUCUGCGGAGUAUAGUUGCAUUUUCGGGCUUGGAAGUUCUGUUAAAGGAGUACUCCACCCGGGAGACUCACACAGGACAUACACCAAGGGUUAUUCAACCCUGUCCUUUGUAGGACGAGGUGGAUCUAUGUACUUCUUCUUCUUUUCAAAGCUGGACAAAAGAUACCACGGCAAGGAUAUACCUAAAUACUCGAAGGCCGAUAUGGACGAAGCCGUAAAGCCCUUCCUUGACAUCUGCAUGACCGACUCCGUCAAAUUCAGACAAGUGUGGGAGAAGCGUACAUUCGCAAACAUGAGCCCCCUUGAAGAAUCUGAGAAUCAACAUUGGAUUUCGGACAGAUUUGUGUGCUUGGGAGAUUCAAUACACAAGAUGACCCCCAACUUGGGAGCUGGCGGCAAUGCAGCUAUCGAGAGUGCCGCAGCACUGGCCAACAGCAUCUCAAAGCUCAAGAGCACAAGCCCAUCGAUGGAUGAGGUUCGAACGGUACUGAAAGAAUUUUACGUGAAGCGCCACGAACGCGCCAACGCCACCAUUAAAUCGGCCAAUUAUUUAACCCGAAUCGAAGCAUUGGCAACACUGGCUGAUAAAAUAAUGGCGAUUCAUAAUAUACCUGCUUUGGGCGACUUCUUGGCCAACGUGGCCUGCGAUUCGAUGGUUGGAGCAGAAAUUCUGGAUAGCCUACCUCCGCCAGCUAGGUCCCUGGAAGCGACAAUGCCCUGGGAUCCCGAGUCUGGCAUUGGAAAGCACGAAAGCAAAUUGCUCCGAGCACUAUAUGCUCUUCCCCUUCUCGCCAUCUUAUAUGGUUGUGCGAAUACCAUGGGCCCGGCAUUAGGCCCCGCCCUUCCUUUGCUCAAGAACGCGGCCAGAGCUGGCGAGGUGGCUCUGGGCGACGGGCAAGUGGUGCCUUUGGUCACCCGAUAUUUCGGUCUCAAGGGCUUUGAUGACUUCAUUGCCAUCUCUGUCGCGGCCUUUACUCCAUCAAUCGGCGGACAGGACCCUGCCAGCCGUAUGCAAAUGAUAUCACUACUGGGAGACCUCAUUCCCAUCCAAGCCAUAUGGAUGAUAGAGGGUGUUAGACGCGGUAACUUACUCACUGCAUCUCACCUAUUGCCGACAAUUUUUGGCAUCUUUUUCCAACUCCAUGGUAUUGGCCACAUAGCGCCAGUUUACUUCUUCCUACACUACGUCCAGUCCCCAUUGGAGAACUACCAUGCAUCGGACAACCGACUCACCCAAAUCGGCGCCGUCAAGACCAUCAUCCCCACUAUCCUCCUGUCUUACGUCGCCCCCACCGUCGCCAUAGAUCGCAUCGACAGCCCCGAGGCAGAUAUGCCAUACCUCCGCCAAGUUUACGGCUUUGCUGGAGUGGCCGCAGCCUGUGCGUUCUUAUACGUCCGCUUUAAGUCCCCCGUGUCGGCGACGGAAGUGUUCCUCGAGGGCAUCAGGAACCCCGGGGCUGCCGUGCCGCUGUUCCAGAGACUUUCCAAGACUUUCAGGUACGAUCAGAUCCAUGCAUUUAGUGCCGGGGCUGUCUGGACGCUGCUGAGCUUCCGUGACCUGAAGAAGUCGAAGAAGGUCGAGGCGGGCUGGGCGAAGAUUAUUGGGACAAUGGCCGGUUUAUCACUUCUAGUUGGUCCAGGAGCUGCGAUGACAGCUAUGUGGGCUUGGAGAGAGGAAGCACUGGCCAAGAAGAAGGUUCCCGUGGUCAAAGGGACAGCGUGUGUAUUUUAA